UUAAACCUUUCAAAAUCGUGUAAGAAAUUUUUGUCCAAAAUAUCAUUUUCCAUAGAAUAAGCUGAGAAGAAGACGAGAGGGAAAGAACUGAAGAGCAAAAAGAUGAUACAUAGGACCACAUCUUGUACAAAAAGUAAACAACUUUCAUUUCUUUCCUAGUCUGCAGCCUCACAUAGCAUCCAAAACCGUCACGCAAUCUCAAUCCCAAACUGUAACUCAUCGUGGGUUUCUGAACGGAGAAUUUGAAUUCAGAAUAGCAGUGAACUGAAUAGCAAUGGGAAGAGAAGAAGAGAUCUCAAACUCAUCCUGCAAAGACAUUCCCAAUCUCCUAUCAUCAUUUGUUGACACCUUCGUGGAUUUCUCAGUCAGCGGCCUCUUCCUUCCUCCGCCGCCGCCAUCUCCUCCGCCUCUCCCAACUCGUCUUCCCUCGCCACCGCGCCUGGUCGCCAUUGGCGACCUCCACGGCGACCUCGACAAGUCCAAGCAGGCCUUACGCCUGGCGGGCCUCAUCGACGCGAACGAUGUCUACAUCGGCGGCUCUGCGACUGUGGUUCAGGUCGGCGACGUCUUGGACCGCGGUGGCGACGAGCUGAAGAUCCUCUACUUCCUCGAGAAGCUAAAGCGUGAGGCGGCGCGGAGCGGAGGCAGAAUCAUCACCAUGCACGGCAACCACGAAAUCAUGAACGUUGAGGGCGAUUUCCGCUACGCAACAGAAUCCGGCGUCGAGGAAUUUAGGGUUUGGUGGGAGUGGUUCCGAGUUGGGAACAAAAUCAAGAGCCUUUGCGACGGUUUGGAAAAACCGAAGGACCCAAUGAGAGGCGUUCCCUCGUCGUUCCACGGAGUGAGGAAAGAGUUCCAUGAUGGGUUUCGGGCCCGGGUCGCGGCGUUGCGGCCCAAUGGCCCAAUUGCAAAAAGGUUUCUGUCUGAGAACGUCACCGUUUUGGUCGUUGGGGAUUCUAUUUUCGUGCACGGUGGGUUGUUGCCAGAACACACUUCUUACGGUUUGGAGAAGAUUAACGAGGAGGUUCGCGAUUGGGUUAAAGGUUUGACCGGUCACUUUUCGCCCCAGUAUUGUCGGGCUUCAGACGGUGUUGUAUGGUUGAGGAAAUUCUCACGUAGCAAGGUGCCGCAGUGUGAUUGUUCCACCCUUGAACAUGUUUUGGCCACGGUUCCUGGUGUUAAGAGGAUGAUAAUGGGGCACAGUAUUCAGAGGGUUGGAAUUAACGGCACCUGCGACGACAAGGCAAUUCGAAUCGAUGUGGGUUUGUCGAAGGGAUGUGGUGACGGUUUACCCGAGGUUUUGGAGAUUAGCGGAACUUCCGGUUUAAGGAUAUUAACGGCCAAUCCCUUAUAUCAGAAUAAGGCUACGGUGAAUGUUGGAAAGGAACAAGGACUUGGAUUGUUGCUUGGGGAACAGGGUGGACCUAAGCAGGUGGAAGUCCAGGCUUAAAGAAAGGAUAUUGGAUUCCCUAUACCAUUAUUGAUUGGUGCAGAGAGUUUUCAGAUAGCGUUGAAGAUGGUCUUCAGAUAGAGAUAAGAGAUAAGUGCCCGCAACAAACAUGCUUAAGUACGUUAACGAUUGAACAAUAAUAAACAAGUUAUCAAUGAAUAGUAUCUAUCUUGUAUUCAUUGUAUUUAUAACAUUUUUAGUGGAAAUUUUUCUGUAUUGGCCUUGAUUACGUUCUCCUGUAAUUUUAUUGUCCGACUAAUGUCCUAUUGACCAUCAUUAUUGAUCUUAAUCAAAUGUUGUAAUUAUAUUAUUGGGAUGUUUAGCUGUUGUGUUUCUGUCCAACCUCGGCAUCUUCUUGGAAUCUGGUGUACAUAAACAAUUGAUGUAUUUUGAUUACAAUGAACCGCUAAGAUAUUAAGAACUUGUCCCUGCUGUUUG